AUGAAGGCGGAGGCGGGGGGGAGCCCCAAGGGCGAGCCGCCCACGGAGGUGUACCUGCAAGUGUACCAGAAGAUGAGCAUCUACUACGAGUGUGCAGUGAACGAAGAGGAGAGAAAAAACAAAAAAAUCCUGAAGAGGAAAAAAAGCAUUAACGAAUUGAAGCAAGUACAGAGAGAGCUACUCGAUUUCUUUGACCAAAACGUGCAGCUCUUUUCAAACCCAUUUCACUUCCUCCAGUACGAAGAGGAAGACGUAAAUAAAAAUGACUUGAGGAACUACAUCACGGACAAUUGCUCCUACUUGUUAAGCUACAUGGAAGAUAUGAUUAAGUGCUCCGUGAUGCUCAACCGGAGUGCCUUCCAGGUGUGCCACAUGUUUAAUGAGGUGUACCAACGGAUUCAAAACGAGUGUGUGAGGAGCGAACUGACCAAGGCAGAAUUCAUCUGCGAAGUUUUGAAGGCCUGCAUUGAAAAGGAGAAUUUAAUCCUCAUGAUAUUGGUCUCCAUUUUGAGUUACCUCAAUAGAGAUGAGAAGGUCGGGGUGACCACGCGGUAUGGGUACUGCAGCGAGGAGAGGGAGGAAAAUCUAACCGACGGGGAGGGGAGGAGGCGCCGUCUGGGUGACGCGGCAAACGAGGGGGAAGCAGACGGGGGGGAAGCAAACGAGGCGGACGGGACAGACGCUCAAGAGGCAGACGCUCACGACGCUGACGCGGAUGCGGAGGAGGACGACCUGAAGACGUCCAGCGGAGCCUCCUCCUCGUCCAACAACUCCGCGAGCAGCCUGCCCCCCCCCAGGAGGGUCUCCACGGAGCGCACCUCCAGCGCCAGAAUCAACGCAGACAGGUUCUCCCUCUACGUCCUCACCCACCUGGUGGAAAAUGACCUAAUCGAGCACAUCCUCUCGGAAAUGGAAAGAAUUUUAAAGUUCCUAAUCAAAUACGAUGACAUUUGUAUCAAAAUGGAUUACGUGUUUAGCUACAAAGCUCACAAGAUAAACGUUCUGUUCAACCUGGUGGAUGUUCUUUUUUUAUAUUUUUCUAAAUUUCAUGCCACCACCACUCACGUCACGAGCUUGUUUAAGCUCAUCAACCAUGUAGUCUCGGCGAGAUACUUUGAGUUUGUAACGACGGACCAUUAUGUGAAGGAGCUGGACAAUUUGCUCUUCAUUCAUGCGAGGAAGAAGAGGAAAAACUUUUUCAAAUAUUUGAAGACCGUUCGCAAUAAUAAAUUCGUUUCCCAGAUGGAGGAGUACUACCGACUGGACAUGCCUGUGGAUGUGGUUGGGUCGUUGAGCUCAGUCGAGGCCGCCCCGUUCGGCAGUCAGCAGGCGGGUGGCGCGGCUAAUGGUGGCAGCGGCGGGGGAGCACCCAUUUUGGGGAACCUCUCCGGAGGGGUGGAACAAAAACCGUUUGGCGGAGCCCCGCAAAGUGGGGGGGCCCCCGCGCAGGGCAGCGUGCCGAGCAUCUUGAUAAAUGGCCAGGAGAAGGGCAAGGAGGUGGGCACGUUGGGAAGCACGUUGGGAAGCACUUUGGGAAGCACUCCGGGGGGCGCAUCAGUAGGUGCGUCGGGAAGCACUUCGGGAAGCACUUUGGGAGGCACCCCGGGGGGCGCAUCUGUAGGUACGUCAGCAGUCACAUUGGCCGACACCCCGUGGAGCGCCCCCCCCCCGAACGCCUCGCGCGACGGAAGGCACAAACUCUACGAGCAGCAGAGCGACAAGCUGCGGAGCAGCCAGUGCCUGAGCCGCUGCCUGGACUGCCAGGGCUACUGGUACGACUGCAACUGCAGCUUGGGCGAUUUUGACGCCUCCAGCCUAACCCUAACGACGCAGAUUAGUUUGCUCCUCAUAUUGUGCCUACACCCAAACGUGGAAAAAUACGUCUACGAGAAAAAGAAGAACAUCCUUGUGGAGGAGACCUCCCCCAGUAAGGAAGACGUGAGUUACCUCCUCGAACGGAAGAAAGAAAAAAUAAAUUUCCAAAAUUUUUACUACCCAGAUACGUGGAGGUACAACUGUAUGAGUUCCCACAAGGAGCUGAAGCAUCUGAGCAGUUUGAGGAGCACCUAUUCGGUGAGCUCCGCUUUCGUAAAAGAAAACGUGUCGCAUUAUUAUGCCUUCUUUACCAAGAUAAGUGAGGAGGCCAAGCGGAAGAGGAAGAACACGAAGAGUGCCGACAGGAUGGAAGGGUCAAGACAGACCUCAGCAGAGCAGCAACCCCAGGGAGACGACUUCUGGAAGGGUGUAACCACAUCUGAAGGGGGGGAAGUAACAACCGAGGCGGUAGACCCGAACGUUACCAUUUUACGCUUCGUUGUGAGUCUGUUUACACACAAUAAGGAGGAGACCUUCUGGGCCAUCUUCGAGGGGAACGUCUUCAGAGUGCUCUACGACGUGGUGCUGAAGAAGGUUUCGAGCGCAACUCUCAUUGGCACUCUCAUGUUCCACCUCUUCCACAUGUUAUUUUCCUACUCGUUUAUAAGGAAUUCGCGGACGACUGACCUGUGGAAUGCCUUUAUAGACCAUCACAUAAGGAGGGACUUCCAGAUUCGGCGCAGGAGGAGGGGCGCCGCUCGAGCGGGGUUGGCAGUGGAGAUGGCAGCGGGGUUGGAAGUGGGUUUGGCAGCGGGUCUGCCAGCGGAGCCGCCAACAGAGCCGCCAAUGGGUCUGCCAGCGGAACCGCUCCCCCUUGUGGACGCGUCCGAUUUUUACAAACGCCGGAGAGGAAGCGACGCCCUCUGCGGAGAAGCGGCCCCGCAGGACGGCCCGAACAACAUCAUCCACAUAUACAAGCGCAAGGGGGAGCACGUCAUCGACGCGUUGACUUUUUUGAAGGCCCUCUGCAAUGGGUACCCGCGACUGGUAAAGAAGUACGUCUGCAUUUUGAAGAGCGUAAUUAACCGGUACCACUCCCGAAUCAUGGAGUUUUCCCAAAUGGAAGAAACGGUGUUCCACCACAGCGUUGACCAGCAGGUGAGUGAGUACGGCCCGAGGGGGGGAAGCCACGACGUGGGGUAUCUGCACAGCGGGGGGUAUGUGCAAAGUGGGGUUCACCUCCACAGCGGGGGUCACCACACCGCAAAGGAAAGCACGAUGGCCAACCUAAACGAGGAAAGGAGAAUCACCAUAAUGAGGUACAAAAAUCUAAAAAUCAUUGCAGAAGAGAAGAUGAAGAUUUGUUUGGAUUUUUACUCGGACGUUUUCGUAAACGUCCUGGACUUCGCCUCUGUCCUUUGCAAUAACCUCUACGAUUUGAAAGUGAUAGAGCAUGUGGUCCUCUGCUUCAAGACGCCACUCACCGCCAAUUUGAACAUCUUCAACUUGACGAAGAAGCUCUACAGUCAGUUUGUAUGCACCCUUAGUGGCAAGUACAAUGAGUUUUCUAAAAUUGCCAAUCAGCAGCAUGUCUACGGGAGGACUAGAGGAAGUGACCGAAUCGGAAGAGUUCUUCACCUUCUAGAUGAUAGAAACCUCAUGGGUGCCGGCAAAUUCGUUGAGAGGGACCCAUACAGGAAUGUCCUAAACGGGAGGAUGUUCUCCACCCCAUCUGUGGACGAGUCGAGUGGAGGAGCGGGCAGCUCUGCUGCCUUCCGCGGUACGGGAGCCUCCCCCAAUGGUGAAGUCCCCACCUCGGUGAGCGCAACGGGAGGAAGUAACAACAGCUGCUACGUCACCUAUUUGUACUACUUUAAAAUUCUGCUGAUUGAAAAGCUGUUCGAGCAGAACAAUGCGCUUAAGGCGAUUUUGAAGAACCACCAGCUGCUGGAGUUCCUGCAGAGCAAUAACGCCUAUCUUAGCAACCUCAUAAAGGAGAAUGCGCUGGUGGAGAGGCACCUGGUGGAGCGCGGCGUGUUCAAGUACGACCGCGCCAAGUACGAGUCCUUCUGCAAGAGGCUGUCUCUGCAGCGGGACCAGCACGCGGGGUGCGUGCGCGAGGCCAGCCGCCUCCUCCAGGACAUCGCCCUGGGCACGGAGAGGCUGCGCCCGUUGGCGGGCUGCAAGUUGGUUGGCAGCGGCGGGGUUGCGAGGGAAGCGGUUGCCAGCGGUGAGGUUUCGAGCGGCCAGGUUGCGAAGGAAGCGGUUGAGAGCGGCCAGGUUACUAACAACUCGGCCACGGCUAACACCGCUAGCGCGGUCAACUCCCCUACCACCGCUAGCGCGGCUAACACGGCUACCCCCCUUCUGGCGAACAUCCUCGCGCAGGGGAACUGCGUGGACCACCUGCUGGAGGAGAACAAGCUGACGGAGAACCUGCUGCGCGAAAACAACUUCCUCAAGAGCGAGUUCACCCGGCACGGCGUGGCGGACGCGCUCUUCAGAAACAAGCUGGACGAAGCGCAGCUCGACGGGCUCAAGGCACUCACCAGAAACGAAUACGACGUGAAGAAGAUCCUGGACUACGAGGAGAAAAUAAAAAACAUCAGCAAGAACAACGACGGGUCUUAUAACAACAAGGAGGCGAUCAAAAUCUUUUUCGAGGAGAACAAAAACGCAGUUGAGUUCUUCCUGGACAGUAAGCUCAAAGGGUCAAUGCUUAAGGACGACGCGUUUACUACCUCCAAUGAGGACCUCAUGAAUAGGGCCAAAGUCAUUCUGAAAAAUGAACUGCACAGUGAGAGAAGGGGUAGCAAUAUCGAUGCGAGGUACCUCCUGGCAAACAUCUUCGAGCAGAAUGUGUAUCCGUACAACUGUUUGAAGAUGCUGGAGAAGUGCCUCCUCUUCCUCUCCUCCGUGAAUAACAACAAGCUGUGCUACUACCUGCCGAUGAAUAAGAACCUGCUGAUCGACUACAUCCUGCUGGAGCAGUACGAUGGGGGAAGCGCAGUUAGCGGCGGAGUUAGCGGCGGAAGCGGUGGCCUUGUUGGAGGAGACGCCCUUGGCGGCGGAGGACCCAACUCCCGAGGCGCGGAACACCUCCAGGCGGAGCUGAAGAGAAGCAAGCCGCGCCCCCUCGAGCGGGACGCCAAUCUGUUCAAAAUAAAAAACCGAAAGUACAAUAACCUAAUUUCACUUGUCGAAACGGACGACCCAAUCAGCACAACCAACUUUAAGAACGUGUUCAUUCACCACUUAAAUUUGCAAAACAAAGUGAGUGAGUCCAAGGACAAGAGCAUCAAACAGUACCGAACCAUGCACCUGCUCGACAUCCUUUAUGAAGUUAUAAAGACGAAAUAUAACUCCCAUAUUGAUGUGAUCAAUUUGAAAUGCCUUUGUUUAGAAAUCCUUUGCUCUAGCUUCGUAAAGAACUCCUCCUCUGCUUUGUCUGUUUUAUGCACCCUCACGGACGUUUUCCCGGAUCUUCUAUUCGAGGCAACGAAGAAAUACAACGAGCAGAACGACCGCAUGAAGAAACACCUUGAGCAGGUCGACAGGCUAGUUUCGUUGGGACAGCUGAAGAGCAACACGCUGGAAGCGCUCGCCUGUAACUUCACCACUCCCUAUUUUAACCUCAAAAUUGUCAUCACCUUUAUGAAGUGCGUAAACUUCCUGCUCUACAUGAUUGGCAUUAAGAGGAAGUUCAACCUGUCCCUCACCCGCAUCUGGCACUUCUUCAACAGCAUAGACAGGAUUGACGAGAUCGACCGGAAGGUUCGGCAGGGGGAGCGGCAUGAACAGCGGCAUGAACAGCGGCAUGAACAGCGGCAUGAACAGCGGCGCGACCCCGGGAAGAAGGGCUACUACUCCGACCACCUGGGGGAUGCCCACCGCGCCGGGAGGAAGGAGCCCAAGGGAAGGAACUACAUCUUCUUCGACAUUUUUUUUAACUUCGACCGGUUUUUCGACGAGCUCCACACAGAGGAGGAGGAAGAGGAAGAGCAGCAGGGAGAGCCGCUGGGGGAGCAGGAGCAGCAGGAACAGCAGCAGGGGGACGGGGACCGCUACGAUGAGCAGGCUGCCCAUGGCGGGGGGGGCGCCCCGAGGCGGAAGAAGAAACAGUUCAGCAGCGCGCCCCUUGGGGGGGGAACGCACAGCGGAGGCAACGGGGGAGCAGAGGGAGCAGAGGGAUCUGCUGCUUCAUCACGGUGGAGUGUGGGCGGGCGGAACCAACACGCGGAGGCACAGCGAGACGAGCGUGACGACCGUGAUGACCUAUACGAAAGUUGCUUGAAGAAGAAACUAAUGAUAGAGGACUGCGAGAAGAACGUGUGCAAGCAUCUAAUCAUGCUCACCAACUACGUGGUUCAAAACAUUUUCUACAAUCUAGUAAACAAUUUCGUUUUAAAAAAAAUAAGAGACCAUAAAUAUGAAAGUGAAGAUCAUCUAGAAGAGCAUAUCAAGCUGGAGCUCUUCAUGAGUCGCCAGGAGAACUCUCUCUUUAGAAGGAGGUACAAUUACUACAUGCAGAAAUCCAAAAAUUUAGAAUCUCAAAUCGUUAAGUUGCAGAACGAAAUUCAUGCGAAUACGACGAGCAUCAUGCAGAUGGAGCAGAUGUUGAGGCAACAUGCCAUUCCCUUUGAGCCAUACGCUUUCGCGCAGAGGAUGCUCAACCAGUCCUUUGCCGAGGUGGGCAAUUUUGGGGAUCCCCUUUCUUCCCAUCCCGGUGCAGCAUCGUCAAGUUUGCUCCCCCCUUCGCUCUUUACCCAACAGAGUGCCACUCCUGGUGGGCUGUUUAACCCAGGAGGAACGACCACAACGCUCUUCAACGAAAGGAACAAUUUCGGAAUGAAUUCUUCAACAUUUGGGAGUGGCCUGACCAACACGGGGACCAUCGGGACAACACCUGCAGCUUCUCCCUUUUCUUUUAUGCGAACAGAUAAUCAAGUCGGGGCCACAUCCACUUUGGGAAUGCCUUCCACCGGGCUGGCCACUCAACCAUCUGGGGGUACAGGAAGUCUCUUCGGAUCUUCAUCAUCACCAAGCGGUUUAAUGAACAGCACAACUGGAGGAGGUCUCUUUGGCACACAGAGGGGGGGCGCUCUUUCCGCCUCCCCCAGCAUGGCGGCAUCAUCUCUAGAGAAUGCAAGAACAGCGUACGAGCCUUCCGCGCGCUGGGCCUCCCCCUCCCUCGCGGGGACAGCCACAACCCCAGCGGCGAGCUUCUCCUCAUUCAUGUCCGGCGGGACGAUCAACAAAGGGGCGGCCGUGGGCACCACCGGUGGCCUAUUCAACACUCCAACGAGCGCCCUUGUAACGAACAGCAGCGCGAACAAGCCGGCGACCGGAUCUUCCCUCUUCGGAUCCAAUACGACCUCGUCGACCGGCUUGUUCGGCCCCUCUGGCACGACGAGUAGCGGCGCAUUCGGGUUCAAUCAGGGCGGGGCUGCCUCCAACAGUGCCUUGAUGAGCAACACGAACAAGCUUUUUAGCGCCCCCGGCAGCAGUGGCAAUCUUGGCAGCAACGCGGGGGGGUCGUCAAACCAGAUGCUCACUCAAGGAGGAGCCACGUCGGGGGUGAGCGGAUUGGGCGGUGGAGGAAGAAGCCUCUUCGGGGGAACGCAGCAGAGUGGGGGCGGCCUUUUCGGAAGUGCGCAGCAGAGUGGAGGCGGUCUCUUCGGAGGUGCGCAGCAGAGUGGAGGCGGUCUCUUCGGAGGUGCGCAGCAGAGUGGAGGCGGCCUCUUCGGAAGUGCGCAGCAGAGUGGAGGCGGCCUCUUCGGAAGUGCGCAGCAGAGUGGAGGCGGCCUCUUCGGGGGCAGCACCUCGUCGAACCCGAACCAGCAGUUCCUGCAGAAUAACAACGCGGGCUCUCAAUUUGCAAGUGCAGGAUCUAGUGGCCUGAACAAGCCCAGCCUAUUCACCCCAGUGAGCCAAAGCAGCGCCUUCACGAACACGUCCCUACUCUCUGGCAGCAACACGUCCAACUCGUUGUUCAGCACGAAUCGGAUUGGCACCAAUGCCUCGACGAGCAGCCUCCUCAGCGGAAGUGCCAGCACAAACGUUUUGUCUAGCCCGGUUGCUCAAAACAGCGGAGCGAGCAGCUUUGGAAAUCUUACAUCGUCUAGAGAGCAGAACCAGAGUGGAAUCUUUAUGCCUUCGCAGAGCACGGGCUUGUUCUCGCAGGGGGCGGGCUCCUCCUUCGGCGGCAACCCCAUGCAGGGUCAAGCGGGUAACGUAGCGGUUAACCAAGCGACUAACCAAGCGACUAACCAAGCGACCAACCAAGCGAUGCAGCCAAACUCGUCCUUCUCUUUCAUGAACAAGUCUACCGCCUUAGGAAGUGCUGCCGGCACAGGGACAACAUCUGCGUCCUCCUUUUCGACCAUGUUGGGAGGGGGGACCACCACUUCGUCAGGCUUCGGCGGUGGCAGUAACUUAAGCGGCGGCAGUAACCUGGGUGGAGGCUCCUUAUUUGGGGGGAGCUUAUCCGGUGCGCAUAACCCUCUCGGACAGAACAGUGCAGGCAAUAUGGGCAGCACCGGCGGAAUGAACACCUCGCUGGGCCUUUUUUCGGGCCAAACGAACUCGUCGCUGCUGUCCGGGCAGGCGGCCCCCCAGAGGGCGGGCCUCUUCGGAAGUGGCACUCAGCUAGGCGGGUUAAGCGGCUUGAGUGGAGUGGGAGUGGGAGUGGGCGGAUUGGGCGGCAUGGUCCCCCCCCUGCAGAGCGCCUACGAAAGCCUGAAGGCGAAGACGAACGCGCUCUACGCAGAGGUCUACAAGCACCGCUUCGAGCUGAAGAAAAACGAAUACAACCUGCUGAAGGAGAAGAAAAUCCAAGUGAUUAAAGAAAACAAAAUGAGGGAAACCAAGAGUAACGCGGACAUCAAUUUUAGGGAUAGAGAGAUGUACAUCCUGAUUGUCCUGGUUUUCAUUUAUUUUAAGUUAAUCCUCAAGGGGCCUCUCCCCCUGAAUGAUAACAAUAGGAGCAUAAACAGAGUGAUGAAUGAGCGCUUCAAUUUUUCGUGCGAUUUUAGACCGACGAUGUAUCUGUUCGACCAAAUUUUAGGAGAGUCCAGCAAGUUCAUGAGCGUUUUUCUGAAUGUAAUUCUGCUGGACAACAUCAUGCACGAGGAGAACCGGGCCAUGCUCCAGAUGGUCCUCAAGUGUAAGAAUUACGUGGACUACAUCAGUGUGUGCGGCCAGCGGAGGGCCCUCUUCCGUGGGGGAGGCGGGGGAGGCGGCGUUACCGAUGGAGGCCGCUCCUCCGGGGGAGACCGCUCUCCCGGGGGGCGCGAUCCGUUCAGCUCGGCCACCUGCCAAGUGUACUACGAGAAGAAGAUGCAGUACCCCACGUGCUCCUACUCGAAGGGGCUCUACACCGCCCUGUUCCUCUGCAAGGUGAAGGCCCUGGGGCUGGAGAUCCUGAAGAUCCUCUUCGAGCGAGACGUGCUCUUCAUUCACAUGUACACCCUCUGGAAAAAUGAAAAGAUGCUCCACAGGAAGCUGGACAAGUUCCACUGGGAGGUCAACCUGGCCGACGCGACUGCCGCGAAGAGCGAGCCGUCCGCCCCCGCGCGGAUGGCGGAGGCGGGGGUUAGCGGAGUGGUCAGCGGCGGGGUUAGCGCUGGGGCCAGCGGAACCGUCUCCGCAGAUGCAGAGGACGACGGGGAACCCCGCGCGGGAAAAGACAUCAGCGUGACCGAAUCGCUGUGCACCCCAAUGUGCGUGCACAACUUCCUCUUCAAAAACAUCAACGUGAAUUCCAGGACGACCUACCUGGUCCUCCUUCUGAAGAACUUCCUCAGGACAAAAGAACUAGACAAGCUAAUCAUUUAUUUAAUUUUACAAAUCAUCGUGCGCGACUGUAGAACCACCAUUAAUAUACUUAAGAGGGACAAAGAAUCCUUUAACUUUUUAAAAUAUGCCUUGCGAAUCAUUUUUACAUAUCACCUGAACAGACAGAAAUUUAUCAACUGCUUUAUCAUUUCCAAUAGGACCAUUCAGAUGGAGAGAAUUGUUAAUAACUUUUUGGAUUUACCUCUUUUGUAUUUCCUCCGACGAUCUCCCACCCGUAGGGGAGGCAAACCCUUUGUGGAUGCGAAAAGGAAAAGGAGACUACUGCCCACCCAGGGGGGGGGGCUACGCAGUAAGGAAGUGUUGAACGCGGCCAACUGGUUGACCUAUUUGAAGAACCAGAAGGAGAGAAAUGGCUGCGCGGUGGAAGACGAGGAGAGUGACCCACGUGAUGAGUUUGAGGAAGACCAUCUGCAGGGGGGAAGGAGGAGGAGGGGGGCGAAGUUCCACCCACGCAGGGAUAGGCGAAUGGCCACGGGUGCGGGGCAGUCAGGCAACAGGGGGGCAGAGCCCUACAUUGACGGUGACGAGGGGUACCACGAUGAGGAGGACUACGAUGGUGAGAGUGCUUCAUAUGGGGAAACCGAUCAGUAUGAAGACGAGCUCGACGAGUGCGACGAGUGCGACGAAUACGGUGAGGGGAGUGACUCCCCCUAUGGUGGGAGCCGCUCGCCUGGUCGUGGCAGCCCCUCCUACGACAGCGACGAGGAGGACCCGCUCUACCUGAGCGAUAAUCUGUACGGAGGGGGCGGAAGCCGAGGGAGGGAGAUAAGCAGACGCAGGCAGAGGAAACCCCAGCUGGACGAAGAACUGCUAACCACGUACCGCCUGAAGAUGAAAAAAAAAAAACAAAUGAAGUACAUAUAUGAUUACCUCUCCGACAGUGACCUAAUAGACACCAUUAAGAGUAAAAAGAUAUGCGUCUUUUACGACGAUAAAGAAAAGGAAGAGGACAAGGACAAUCUGGGUCUCUACAAUCUAUCGUGUGACUAUAGCAAUGAUAACUACUGCCGGGAGGACUACUAUAGGGAGGUGAAAUCGGUUGACGCCAAGGUGGUGGGGUACUGCAGCUCGUUUAAUUUCCUGCCCAUUAAUAAGUUUUACACCGAGAAAUACGACUUUUUGGAGUCCGAGCUGGUGCACGUGAGCGACCUCAGGCUGUACCUCUACGUCAAGUCCUUCAAGCGCCACGCCUACUUUAAGCGGCUGCUCCGGAUAGGCAGCGCAGAGGGUAGCGGCGGAGUCAGCGGCGCGGGAGAAGCGCAGGAGGAAGCGCAGGGGGUAUUCACCCACCAACGGAGCAGCUACGACAAAACGGACGAGGCGAAAGACAUAGAGAGGACGAUCGAGGGGGAGCUAAAGUUCUACGAUUUCUUCAACCGACUGAAUAAGCUAAACGAGAAUAUGUUGUUCCCAGGCAGCUUCCCAGAUGGCAGAGAGGAACAAAUGAAGUACCUGGACCAUUUGAGGAAAUCCGUUGGGGGUGAAAAGGAAACUCAUGGGAAGGAGUACCAAGAGCAGGAGAGUUUGCUCAUUCCGAUGAAGGAGCUACUCAAAGAAAAGAAAGAAGAGGCAGCCAAAACGAUCAGCACAGAGAUGAAGAGGAAAUACAUUCUACUAAGCAACGAGCUGUGUGAGUGGGUGGAACUGAGUCACCUCAUUAACGUUGACAUCGAUUACAAUGACAUCCGAGGGCUGAGCAACAAUAGGGUUUUAAAUAAUUACAGUAAGAUUUCCAUUACGAAACUUAUUCUGUACUUUUAUGAAGUGCUGACGAGGAAGUUUUUGUUCCUAAACAACGCGGACUCUCUCAUUGAGAGUUGCAUUUUGUCCCUCCUCGGCUUGUCGUUCAUCCCGGCCAAGCACAGCGAAAAGAAGAACGUACUCACCACCGUCGACGAGGGGAUGGAGAUGGAGCAGCAGUGCUUCCUCAGCACCAUCAUUGACAGCGUCAUUGUGGACUUUUCCUCCUUCGAGAGUGUGCGGGAGUUGAUCCACGUGGAUUACCGCCCCGGGGAAGAAGAAGCGGUGCAGGGGGGAGAAGCGAUGGGGGAGGAAGAGGAAGAAGUGGUGCAAGAGGACGACGACGAGGAGGAGGAAGUAGACGUGUUGGGCGAGAUGCACUGUGCCGAUUCGCGCCGCCCCCAGGGGAACCGCUCAAACCGCGCUAACUGUGCGAACCCCCCGCAGGGAGAGGCCCCGCGCAAACGCGCCAAGCGGAGGGACUACUACAAAAGGAACAUUCACCUGAGCACCCCCAGCAACUGGAGGCAGUAUAAUAUAUUCGAGAAGAACUCCCACCUGACGAAGAGCCUCAACAUCGUGCACAUGAUUGCAAAGAAUAAAAAAAUAAAAGACUACGUCAUCGCGUUGAUAACCUCCAUGUGGGUGAACAAGUUCAACGUCUUCUAUUACCUCACCCAAAAUGUAAAUAUACAAAAGCUCAAGGACACAGAGAAGAUUAUCUUCUUCAGAAUUUCCUUUCAUAUGUUAAAUGUGUUUGUUCCCAUCAUCGACCAUAUGCUUAACAACAUUGACCAGCACGUGGAGCAGUUCGCGGAUGUGAAUUUCGCCCUGGGGGGUGCAGAGGACGGUGAGGAGCGCGGAGAGGAGCGGGGCGACCACCCGGCUGGAAUAUCUCCAAACGAACAGCAACGUAAUAGGGAGGACCAAACGGGAAGACACAACGUCAACCCUUUCGACUCCAUCAUAAAUGAGGACAACUUUAACGAAAAGAAAACGCUCUUCGAGUUUCUAAGCCCCAUCUUCAGCUGCGAAAAUGCAAAUAAUUUUGUGAACCACUACCUGCACAUGGUCAGAAAUUACAACGACCAUUAUUUGAAGCACUACAUCUACCACUACUACUUGUUCAAUUACGAUUUUCACUUUCAAAGUGUUUUUAAUUUUUCCAAUGUCGAAUUUGUGCAUUAUGUGAAGAAUGACUGCGCCGCUCAAGCGGAGGGGGGGGUGAACCUCUCGGCGGAGAGAAACGUGCAUGUGCUGUACACCAGCAUCAUCAACACGUAUGUUAACUUUUGCGGCGUUCAAGCCGUUCGCUCCGUUCGCGGCGUUAGCGGCGUUAGCGGCGGGGGAGUGCCCGCGGAGCUCAUGAGGAAAUACGACGACCCACUGUCGCAGGCGGACGUUUUGGUCGAACUCCACCCAGAUGGAAUGCCCACCCAGAAUGACGAACAUGUGGAAGACUCCCAAAAGUAUAAUCGCCUGAACGGUUCAGGCAAAAAUUUCAACUUUGAGCAUUUGAAUGAAAUUAUGGGGAAUAAGAAGCACCUGCGGAGGUUCCUGAACAGGUACUACCUGAACAGGGGUUGCCUGCAGGGGGGCGGCGGGCAGGUCGUCCCCCCCGGGAGGUCAGGCAAAGGGAAGGGCGAUCGCUCGGAUAAGCGGUUGCGCCGCACUGGCGGGGUGGCUACGAACUCAAAGCGGCGGUACCUGCAGAAAAGCGUGUACAUCUUUAACAGCCUGAACUACCUGAACAUCAACUACAAGAACUGGCUGCUGGUGUACAAGACGUAUAUCGAGAAGGUGACCCACCUGGUGGACCUCAUUUUGAAGAUCAAGAACAGCAGAGUGAACAAGAAGAUUUAUUCUUUGAAGAAUUACUUUUACAUAAUUAACAAUAUACAGAAGCACCUGCGGGGAAUCACCUGCAUCAUCAAGUCCUCGCACUACAUAAACUUCAACAUUCAGAUCACCCCCAUUAUGUUCAUCGUGUAUCUGUUCAUUACCAUUUUUUUUUUCUCGCACAAUAGCGGCUUCGCCUUCAGCUACCUGGCGCGCACCAACCGGGGGCUGAAGAACCUGCUCCAGGGCGGCAAGGACAGCUCCGAUGGGAAAGCCAGUGGUAAAGGGGAAGGCAGUACGGAUGGUAAGGCGGAUGGUAAGGCGGAUGGCAGAGGGGAUCACAAAGGGGAUAGCAAUACAUAUGGCGGCACGGACGAACGCGGGGGAAACCCCCCCCGGGCGGAAAACGCCGCGCAGCGCGGCGAGGCGCACAAAGCGGAGCACCUGAACUACCACAAGAAGUUGAAAAUGUCGAGCCUUUUCUCCAAGAGGAUUCUGAACAGGGAGUUUGAGGACAACGUGCUGAGGCUCCCCAAGAGUUGUGGCGGUGCGGAUGACGAUGGGGGGGCAGGGCAGUCUACCUCUUCCUACACAAGAAACUACCUCCACCGGAUGCGAGACAACCGUGUGGGAGGCUACCCCCCCACCGGGAGAGCCGCAACGAAGUACUGCGCAGAGGCAGCCUUCCCGGGGGAAGACGAAAUGGAGCUCCUGCAGCAAAGUGGAAGCAAAAAAAAAAUACAUUACGAUGUGCACAGCGAGUAUGCCAAGCUGAUUCUAAAGAGCAACGAGUUUUUCGAUGACCUCCUGGAGCUGUUCAUUUUAUUAAUCACCAAGAAGCAUCCCAUUUUGAACAAAUACACGGUCAUCUACAUUUACGAGUGCCUCUACACGCUUCUGAAUAUUUAUCAUUACAACUACCAGCGUAAUAGAGGAUCGGGGGGGGAGGAAGAGAACGACCUGGGGCAGACGAAGAAUCUGUUCCUCUCCCUUAUGAAGCGAAUCGACCAGGAUGUGCUGAACGAUUUUAUUUGCAGCCUUUUCACAGAUUCGUACAGGAGCUUCAUCACCAACAGGACUUUCAUCAUUCCCGUGUACUUCUACAGUAAUGUAUACAAAUUUAUAGAUUUCAACACGGAGGUGUUUCUGUAUACCAACGGGAGAGGGGGAGGAGGUCCUCCCGGCGAGCGUAUGCUCGUCAACACGGGGGAAACUGCGUUGAUGGGCGAGGAUCCAUAUGAGGAGAACAACUGGGGGGAGAGCGGCAAGCCACCACCACCUUUUGGGGGGAACAACCUGGUGAGCUUCCACUUCAAGGAGCACCUCAAAAACAAGGUGCACCUGAACAACCGGAGCCUGAACAUCUACGAGGAAUCCUUCUGCUGCAACUUCUUCUACAACCGGAAUGACCUGAACGUGUUAAGCAUCAAUUUGCUCAUCUUCCUGCUGAACAAGAUUGGCAUACACGAAAUUGACAUCAAGAUAGACGAGCAGAACAUAAAGAAGCUUAUUAAGGGGAACCUAUUUAUUAUGCAAAAUGUAAAGGAACGGCAAGCCAAUAAUGAUGGGAAAAUUCUACACACGUGCUUUUUGCUUAGCUCCCUCUGUGACACCACCUACGUGAAUGAGUUGGUUCAAAACGCAGAUCUGUUUAACUUAUUUCUAAGCAGCAAUAUUUUUGAUAAUUCGUAUGAGUAUAAAUUCCACUACCUUUGUUCGAGCAUCCCCUUUUUGACCUUCCCCACGAAUUUCCUACAGAACAAGAACAUUUACCUCCCCCUUCCCUCCCUCAUCAUUUCGUACGUCACUGUCAUUUUGAAGCUUGUAGAUAAGAAGGGCCUGCACUUGUUCAGGUGGAUUGGAAGCUGGGUCGUCAGGAACAUUCACAUUUUCGUUAACCACCUGAUUGUUAAUAACUAUUUGAUGAAGGCCAAGGAGAUCACCCACGAGGUGAACAACUUCACCACGUACAACCACGAGUUGGUGUACAAGUGCCUCUGCUACGCCAGCACGUGCAACUUUUCGCACCAGCCAAGUGAAAGAAGUGAGCGAAGCGGUGGAAGUGGGGGAAGCGAUGAACGGGGCCGAGGCGACCACCACUCCGAGUGGACCCGGCCGGGGCAGCGGCGCGCGCAGCGCGAUUGGCUGGGCGCCCCCCAGAAGGACCGAGCCAGCGCGGAGGAGUUCAUAAACCACGCCAACCUGGGGGCCGUCAACUUGGACGUCAUCUACGCCAGCACCUACUACCUGCUGAGGCUAUAUAAGAACUAUUUGCUCUACAUCCACCAGAACUACCUGACCCUGAAGAAGCUCAACAUUGUGAGGAUGAAGCGGGGGGAGCAGGGACUUGCCUCCAGAAGUGGCGGCGCCAAGAAGAAGCGAAGCGGAAGCGGAGUAACAACCAUGAUGGGGCAGGGCGGAAUCCAGUCGGACGAUGAGGAGGAGGAUGACGAGCGGGUUGGUCACGAGCGAGACAGCGAGGAGGACGGUUCAGAGGACAGCAGCGAGGAUGGCGCGAGUGCGAAUGGCGGCGCGGGGGAGAAGGGGGGCUUCUACGGGGAGGCGCUCGCGCAGCACGGUUCUGCGCGGCAGCCCGACGAGCAGGUGAUGGGGGGAAGCGGAAGGAGUGGAAGAAGUGAAAGAAGCGGACGAAUUGGAAGUAGCGCAAGAAGCGGAAGAGGCAUACGUAGUAGAGGCCCGGGUGGACGCAGCCUCCACUCCGGCGCGGACGACCUGUUCAUCGAGCGGGAGGUGCAAAACUGGGCCAGCGCGCACCCCGCCCACGUGGCGCAGGGGGCGGCCAAGGAGGGGGAGGAAAGCCUCUCCUGGGGAGGAUCACUCGCUGGACCGCUGAACACACCGCUCGACACCCCGCUUGACGCUCCGCUGGACUCGUCGCUAAAGUUCGAGUACAACGAAAUUUCGCUGAACAUGUGCAACAUCAUAAAGGAGCACAACUACAUCCUGCAGUACAUCAAGGACCUGCUGAGCAUCCUCUCCAUUUUCGUCGUCUAUGACAUCAGCCUGAAUGAUGAAAAUGAGUUGUUGAGCAAAAAUAUGAACAAGGACAUGCUAGAGGAGAGGAGAAAAAACAUAAGGACCCACCGAAUUCUGCAAAACAUUAUCCCCAAAUAUUCCAUAAAAUUCCAUUGCAUUAACCUCUGCUUAGAUAUUAUAGAAUAUGACAUUGGGUUGUAUGAUGAGUAUGUGCAAGAAUCAAAAACGAAAUAUUGUGAAUAUAUAAAAAUGAUUUUAAAGGUCUUCAUGAACACCUGCUUCUAUUUCAUCAACUUGAUCAAAUUUGAAAACAUCAGCAUGUUGAAGAGUGUCUCCUUGGCCAUGAAGAAGCUCACCAACAUCAUUUACUUUUUGCUAAACAAUCUAACGUCUAAGGAGAAGUCCCCCGUGCAGAACUUCCUGCUCCACUGGUUUGUCUCCGACCGGGCGGGGGGCGCGCCCACCUACGGAGCUGCGGGGAAGGAGCAGCACCAAAUCAACGCGGAGCUCUUCAACGCGGACUACACCCCCUUUGGGGAGAAGAAGGCCGGGGGGGUCGCUUCCGCUCCCACUGCCACUCCCACCCCCCACGCGGAGAGCGUCAAGAAGUUCUUCGAAAACAUCGAAAUUGACAUCCACGUGAUGAAGAAGAUCCUCACCUGCGUGAUUUACUUCACCUACGCCAUGCUCAGCAACCAGAAGGUCAGCCAAAUAAACAUCGAAAGCAUCAGCCUCAAGCACAUCGACCGCAUAGAUUUGAAGAAGCUCGCCAACUCCCACCUGGAGAAGAGCAACAUCCUCAACGUCUUCACCUUCAUCCUCCAGCGGUCCACGCAGAUCUACUACCUCAUCUACAGCUACGCGGCGAGGCGCUAG